AUGGCGGCCACCCAGGACGAGCAGUCGGCCGGGUACAUUGAGGGCGAGCGGCUGGAUUUCUUGCGGGAUCGGCACGUGCGGUUCUUCCAGCGCUGCCUCCAGGUCUUGCCGGAGCGCUAUUCUUCGCUCGAGACCAGCAGGUUGACAGUUGCAUUUUUUGCGCUCUCCGGACUGGAUAUGCUGGAUUCCUUAGACGUGGUGGACAAAGAUGAUGUGAUAGAGUGGAUUUACUCCCUGCAGGUUCUUCCCACAGAAGACAGAUCAAACUUAAGUCGCUGUGGUUUUCGAGGCUCAUCAUACCUGGGCAUUCCAUUCAGUCCGUCAAAGAAUCCUGGGACAGCGCAUCCUUACGAUAGUGGCCACAUAGCAAUGACUUACACAGGCCUUUCGUGCCUAGUUAUUCUUGGAGAUGACUUAAGCCGAGUGAAUAAAGAAGCUUGCCUAGCAGGCCUACGAGCCCUUCAGCUCGAAGAUGGAAGUUUUUGUGCCGUACUUGAAGGAAGUGAAAAUGACAUGCGAUUUGUGUACUGUGCUUCCUGUAUUUGCUAUAUGCUCAACAACUGGUCAGGCAUGGAUGUGAAAAAAGCCAUUGACUAUAUUAGAAGAAGUAUGUCUUAUGACAAUGGACUGGCACAGGGAGCUGGACUUGAAUCUCAUGGAGGAUCAACUUUUUGUGGCAUUGCUUCACUGUGUCUGAUGGGUAAACUAGAAGAAGUUUUUUCGGAAAAGGAAUUAAACAGGAUAAAGAGAUGGUGUAUAAUGAGGCAGCAAAAUGGUUAUCAAGGAAGACCUAAUAAGCCUGUGGACACCUGUUACUCUUUUUGGGUGGGAGCAACUCUAAAGCUUCUGAAAAUAUUCCAAUACACUAACUUUGAGAAAAAUAGAAAUUACAUCUUAUCAACUCAAGAUCGCCUAGUAGGGGGAUUUGCCAAGUGGCCAGAUAGUCAUCCAGAUGCUUUACAUGCAUACUUUGGAAUUUGUGGCCUGUCGCUAAUGGAGGAAAGUGGGAUUUGUAAAGUACAUCCUGCUCUGAAUGUGAGCACACGGACUUCUGAACGCCUUCGCGAUCUCCACCAAAGUUGGAAAACCAAGGACUCUCAGCACUGUUCAGAGAAUGUACACAUUUCCACAUGAUUGAUUUUAGACUUGGAU